AUGUUGUGGCACGUGGGAUCUGGCAGGAUGAUUUUGGCCAAGCUGCUCCUCUCCUCCUUUCUCCUCCACUCCUUCAGUGAAGCCUUCAACCAACCUCCUCGGUUCCAGAACUACUUCUUCCAGUCCUACCUGCUGAUUUAUGAGAACACGCCUGUCGGUGCUUCAGUUGCUCAGCUCCAGGCUGUGGACCCCGACGAGGAGCCGCUGAUCUUCGGCGUAGUCGGGGAAGAAGCCACCAGAUACUUUGCUGUCCAGGAGAACACCGGGAUGGUGUGGUUACGGCAACCGCUCGACCGGGAGACUAAGUCAGAGAUGCAGGUGGAAUUUACCGUCAGUGACAGUCAAGGAGUUGUAAAGGACACAGUGAACAUCCAAAUUGGUGACGUGAAUGACAACGCCCCCACGUUCCAUAGCCAGCCUUAUACCGUCCACAUACCAGAGAAUACUCCAGUUGGGACGUCAGUGUUCAUGGUCAAUGCUACAGACCCAGACCAGGGCACAGGGGGCAGCGUCCUGUUCUCCUUCCAGCCUCCAUCUCGCUUCUUCUCCAUUGAUGGAGCAAGAGGAACAGUUACUGUCAUUAGACCUCUGGACUAUGAGACCACUUCAGCUUACCAGCUCACUGUCAAUGCUACGGAUCAGGAUAAGAGACGUCCUCUGUCCAGUCUGGCUAAUCUGGCCAUCACUAUAACUGAUGUGCAGGACAUGGAUCCCAUCUUUACCAAUCUACCCUACAGUACUAAUAUAGAGGAGAAUUCACCUCCGGGAUAUGAAGUUCGCAAGAUCACAGCCAUCGAUCAGGACCAGGGCCGACCUCGUGGAAUCGGAUACACCAUCGUGUCAGGUAACACUAACAGCAUGUUUGCGUUGGACUACAUCAGUGGUUCACUGACAGUGAACGGACAGCUGGACCGUGAAAACCCCCUGUACUCGGCUGGGUUCACUCUUACUGUGAAGGGUACGGAGCUGAACGAUGACCGUACUCCAUCCUCUGCUACAGUAAUGACCACUUUCACCAUUCUCAUCAUCGACAAGAAUGACAACGCUCCCAAAUUCAACGCAACAGAGUACCGUGUACGCAUCACUGAGCUGGCCCAGGUCGGCUUCGCCUUGCCGCUCUUCAUCCAGGUGGAGGACAAGGACGAGGGAGUAAACAGUAUUUUCCAGGUGGUUCUGACAGGGAAUAAUUCGGAGCAUUUCACCAUCUCCCCAACAUCAGUGCAGGGUAGAGCUGAUAUCAGGAUGCGCGUGGCUGUUCCUCUGGACUAUGAGAACAUCAGGAGUUACAGCUUCUCUCUGUAUGCCAACGAGUCCUUGUCUGAACACGUGGGCUUUGCCAGAGUCUUCAUCGAGCUCAUUAAUGAGAAUGAUAACAGACCUGUCUUCAGCCAAACACUCUACAACAUCAGCCUGCCUGAGAGCACCACUCCUGGGACCUCACUGGUGCGCAUACAGGCAACAGAUAACGACAUUGGCACAUUUGGAGUGGUGCGAUAUUUCUUCAGUGAAGAGCCAGACCAAUUUUCUCUAGAUGAGGAGACAGGCUUGGUGACUCUGAGGGACCGGUUGGAUUAUGAACUGAUGCGACGUUUUACCCUGACGGUUUUGGCUCGUGAUGGGGGCGGAGAGGAGACCACUGGCAGACUGAGAGUUAAUGUGUUGGAUGUGAAUGACAAUGCACCUGUCUUCCAGAAGGAGGCGUAUAUGGGCUCUCUCAGAGAGAAUGAACAGGCUCCCCAACAGGUGGCCCGAGUCAGGGCGACAGAUGAAGACUCUCCACCUAAUAAUAUCUUGACAUACUCCAUAAUUUACGCCUCACAAUUCAGAAAUUAUUUCCGUAUUACUAUGGUGGAGGGAUAUGCAGUGAUUACAGUGGACAGGCCACUGGACUAUGAGCUGGUCCCAGGUGGAAUGAUCUAUUUGACCUUCAUGGCCAGAGAUGGGGGGAAUCCUCCUCUCAACAGCACUGUUCCCAUCACUGUGGAGCUGUUGGAUGAAAAUGAUAAUCCACCUGAGUUUAGCCAAUCAUCUUACAUCAUCAAAAUUCCAGAGAACAUUGUCGCAGGGGCGACGGUGUUGUUUGUAAAUGCCACAGAUUUGGAUGCGUCGCGGGAGUUUGGUCAGGCUUCACUCAUCUACUCCCUACAGGGAUCAACCCAGUUUCGGCUAAAUACACGCUCAGGUGAGAUCACUACAACGGCACUCCUGGAUCGUGAGGUGAAGUCAGAGUACAUUCUUAUAGUGCGUGCCGUGGAUGGGGGGGUGGGACCACUGCAGAAAACUGGCAUUGCCACGGUCAACAUCACCAUUUUGGACAUCAACGACAAUGCUCCGGUUUGGCAGGACGAGCCGUACAGAGCCAACGUGGUCGAGAUGAGCCCCAUCGAUACCGAUGUCAUAUCAGUAUUGGCAGUGGACCGUGAUAAUGGAGUAAAUGGUACCGUUGUAUACAGUAUAAGCCCACAGAACCCAUUCUACACCAUUAACAGUAACACUGGGAAGAUCCGGACCAGUGGAGCAGUUCUAGACAGGGAGAGUCGAGACCCAAGAGCCACACAGCUCAUGAGAACCAUCAUUGUGUCUGCCACCGACCUUGGCACACCGCCAUUGCAAUCCUCUGUCAGCACCACUGUGUUCGUCAACUUGCUGGACCUCAACGACAAUGAUCCCGCUUUCCUUAACCUUCCAUUUGUUGCGGAGGUGCCAGAGGGCCUUCCCAUUGGCUCAUCUGUGUACAGGGUUCAGGUGUCAGAUCCAGAUGAGGAUGAGAAUGGGAUGGUUACCAUGGCACUGCAGAUGGGAAUGCCGCGGUUAGAUUUCCGUCUGAACACCAGUACAGGUGUGCUGGUGUCCACAGCCACGCUGGACCGUGAACAGAUAGCUUUAUACUUCCUCCGAAUCAUAGCCUAUGAUGCUGGCCAAUACCCACGGACCUCCACCAGCACACUGACUAUCACAAUUCUGGAUGUUAACGAUGAAACUCCAACAUUUUUCCCACAUGUGUAUAAUGUGUCUUUGGAGGAGAACGUGCCACGGAACCACGUGGUUUCUCGUCUGAACUGUUCUGACAAUGAUGCAGGACUCAAUGCUGAGCUCAGCUACUUUAUAACAGGUGGGAACCAGGAUGGGAAGUUCAGCGUCGGUUUCAGGAAUGGAGUCGUGCGGACAGUAGUGGGCCUCGACCGUGAGACACAAGCUUCUUACACACUCAUCAUCGAAGCUAUUGAUAAUGGGCCUGCAGGUGGAAGGAAGACAGGGACAGCGACCAUAUAUGUUGAAGUUCUGGAUGUGAACGACAACAGACCCAUCUUCCUCCAGAACAGCUAUGAAACCAGUAUACUGGAGACUGUACCCAGAGGAACCAGUAUAUUACAGGUGCAAGCCACAGAUGCUGAUCAGGGGGAAAAUGGCAGAGUUCUUUAUCGGAUACUUUCUGGGAACAGUGGGCGUCGGUUCAGCAUUGACCAGCUGACGGGACUGUUGACACGCGGAGAGAGAGCUCUUGACAGAGAGACCAGCAGCUCCCAUGUCCUGGAGGUGGAGGCCUACAACAGUGACCAGGGCUCCAUGAGGAGCUCUGUCAGGGUAAUAGUAUAUGUAGAGGAUGCUAAUGAUGAAUUCCCAGUGUUUACCCAGCAGCAGUAUAACAGACUGGGUCUGAGAGAGACUGCUGGUAUUGGCACAUCUGUCAUUGUGGUCAGAGCUACAGACCCUGACACAGGUGAUGGAGGGGCAGUGGCUUACGCCUUGGUCUCAGGUUCGGACCGUAAAUUUGAGGUGGAUGUCAGCACUGGUCUGGUGACCACAGUGGAUUAUCUUGAUUAUGAGACUAAAACCAGUUACCUGAUGAAUGUUUCUGCCACUGAUCAGUCCCCUCCGUUUCACCGUGGGUUCUGUACAGUGUAUGUUACACUGCUGAACGAACUCGAUGAGGCAGUGGCAUUUUUUUCCUCCGGAUACGAAGCUUCAAUUCGGGAGAAUAUUGCCACAGGAACAGAAGUGGUGCAGGUUCAGGCUCAGUCAGCUGAUAAUCUGAACCAGCUUACAUAUCGUUUCGACCCUGACACCUCACCAGCCGCACUGGCUCUCUUUAAGAUUGACAGUGUCACAGGUCGGAUCACAGUGACGGGUCUCGUGGAUAGAGAGAGGGGAGAUUCAUACACGCUGACAGUGGUUGCAGAUGAUGGAGGGCCAAAGAGAGAUUCUACUGUGAAGGUAUCAAUCACCAUACUUGAUGAGAAUGACAACAGUCCCGAGUUUGACAUCACAUCUGAUUUGUCAGUGAGCAUUCCAGAGGACACACCCAUUGGCCAGAGAGUGGCUGUGGUGCUUGGGAGGGACAAAGAUGCUGGAAACAAUGGACUGGUCAACUUCACCCUCGUAGCAGGGAACAUGCAGGACGUGUUUGAGAUUCGUACAGUAAAUCACACUUAUGGAGAGAUCUAUGUUAACGCCGCGUUAGACCGUGAGGCAGUGGACCGAUAUCUACUGAGGGUGCGGGCAAUGGAUAACGGCUCCCCUCCACGAUACACCGAUCGAUCUCUCACCAUUAACAUUCUGGAUGUUAACGAUAACACUCCCGUAGUCCAGAGUCCUCGAGGUUACAAUGUCAGCGUUAGCGAGAACGUAGGUGGAGGCACAUCUGUACUGAGGGUAGUAGCCACAGACCGGGACAUUGGGCCCAAUGCCAUGUUAUCCUAUUACAUCACCGCUGGCAACCAGGACCUGACCUUCAGAAUGGACCGUAUAACGGGAGAGAUGGUGACUAGGCCGUCCCCCCCUGACCGCGAACGCCAACAAGAGUACCAGCUCACUGUGACCGUGGAGGAUGAUGGGACACCACCACGAUCGACCUCUACCACAGUGUGGGUGCGUAUCGUGGACGAGAAUGAUAAUGCCCCUGAGUUUCCUGAGGAAGAGUAUGUGACUGUUCUAAGUGAAGGCCCAGAGACUGUCGGGGCCACUAUCGCCACAGUAACAGCCAUUGACCCAGAUGAAGGGCUUAAUGGAACCCUACGCUAUUCCAUCGCCCAGGGCAACCUGGGUCAAACAUUCCGCAUUUAUUCCAAUACUGGGAUGAUAGUUGUCGUGAAGGAGCUGGACUAUGAGAUCAGUAAUGGACAUUACACGCUUGUUGUCACAGCAACAGAUCAGUGUCCAAUCCCUGCUCUCCGACUGACAUCCAGCACAACGGUGUUGAUAAAUGUCAUUGAUGUGAAUGAUGUGACUCCCACAUUCCCAAAAGCGUUUGAGGGCCCAUUUGAGGUGACGGAGGGCCAGCCUGGGCCACGUGUGUUGACCCUCAGAGCCACGGACCAAGACUCAGGACUCAAUGGAAAAGUAGAGUACAGCAUCACUGCUGGAGACCUCAAAAGUGAGUUUGUGGUGUCUCCAGUAGAGGGGGAGUUGCGUGUGAGGAGAGAUGUGGAGCUGGACAGAGAGACGACAGCGUACUAUAAUAUAACUGUGACUGCCAGAGACCUGGGCACGCCACCUCUCAGCAGCACGGUGGUGGUAGGCGUGGUGGUUUUAGACAUUAAUGAUAAUGAUCCCGUUCUCCUGAAUUUGCCUUACAACACAAGUGUGAGUGAAGCGGCUGCCAUACACACAUCUGUGGCUCGGAUCCAGGCCACAGAUUCAGACAGCGGCCGGAAUGCUCUGCUCACCUACAACAUCACAGGAGGAAACAUGGAUGGAGCAUUCUACAUUAACGAUACUACAGGUGUGGUGCUGGUGAAUAGGCCUCUGGAUAGAGAGAGAGUAUCUGAGUACAAGCUGACCAUUACAGUCAAAGACAAUCCAGAGAAUCCACGCAUUGCACGCAGGGAUUCAGACUCCCUGGUCAUUACUGUGCUAGAUGAAAAUGAUAAUAAACCCAUCUUCACCCAGACCAGCUACAGAGCAGAGAUCAGCGAGAACUCUCCCCCAGGCACUUCCGUGUUGGUUCUGAAUGGGCCUGUUUUGGCUGUAGACAAGGACCUAGGGCAGAAUGCAGUAGUGAGGUAUCGUUUGCUGGGCUCCAGAGUGGAUCUCUUCACUGUAGAUGCACUAACAGGGGUGGUGUCUGUGCGUCGCGGUGCAGUAUUAGAUAGGGAGGCCUUUUCUGAGCCACGGGUGGAGCUGUUUUUGGUUGGAGAAGACAUUGGAGGUUUGAAUAGUAGUGUUCCUCUGAGUAUUACUAUACUGGAUCAAAAUGACAAUCCUCCAGUGUUCAACCCACCCAGCUUUACCGUCCACCUGCCUGAGAACAGCCCCACGGGAGUGGUGGUAACCCAGCUCUCAGCGACUGAUGCGGACUCCGGCUCUAACGGUUGGCUGCUGUAUCGUUUGGAGGGCGGAGCUCAGGACCGGUUUGUCGUUGACUCUCUCUCGGGCGCAGUGCUGGUUGGCAACGCCACUCUUGACCGUGAGGAACGUCCCUCUUACCGUCUCGUUGUUGUGGCAACUGACCGGGGUACACCCCCUCUGUCAGGUACAGCAACUCUGUCCGUUGUCCUUGACGACGUGAAUGAUUCACGACCUCGCUUCCUGGAGCCUGUACAGACCAUAAAUGUCAAUGAGUCCACGCCCCCUGGAGUUGUCGUGGCAACACUGACAGCGGAGGACCCAGAUCUACGACCACGUCUGGAGUAUUACAUUAUUUCUGUGGAGGCAAAGGAUGAUGGAAAUAAUCCUGUGGAUGGACUGCAGGAGUCUUUUGGGAUCGAUUUCCACACAGGUGCUGUGUUUGUAAGGAACCCAUUGAACAGAGAACUAGUCGCCACAUUCGAGAUCAUUGUGUCCGUUCAUGACAAUGCCAGUGAUGUCAUUCAUCAGUCAGUCAGUGUGCCCAAUGCCAAACUGACUGUUAAUGUGUUAGAUGUGAACGAUAAUGCGCCACGUUUCCGACCAUUUGGAGUGGCCAAUUUCUCAGAGAAGAUUCUGGAAGGCGCUCAGCCUGGUACGACCUUGCUCUCAGUGUCAGCUGUAGACCCCGAUAAAGGCCCAAAUGGACAGGUCAUAUACCAGCUCCUACACCUGCCCAGGGGAGACUAUGUUCGCUUAGAGGACCCCUCUACAGGGAAGAUUGUGGCCAAUCGGACAGUGGAUUUUGAACAGGUGCAGUGGCUGAACUUCACUGUGCGUGCUCAGGACCAUGGCAGCCCACCGCGCUUUGCUGAGCUUCCUGUUUACCUUCGCAUUGUAGACGUAAACGACAACAACCCCAUAUUUACACAACCGUCAUACCAGAAACCUGUGUUUGAGGACAUUGCUUUGGGUACAAUAAUAGUGCGAGUAAGUGCUACAGACGCUGAUUCCGGAUUGUUCUCUGUGAUUGAAUACAGCCUGGUGGACGGAGAGGGCAAGUUUGGCAUCACCCCAUCCACGGGCGAUAUUUACAUUCUGUCCCCUCUGGACCGAGAGACGAAAGACCAUUACACACUCACUGCCAUCGCCCGUGACAACCCUGGGGGAAGCCCCAACAACCGCCGAGAGAACUCUGUGCAGGUUCUGAUAACCGUUCUGGACGUGAAUGAUUUUCGUCCACGGUUCUCUGAGCGUGUGUUUAGCACAAGUGUGUUUGAGAAUGAACCGAGUGGAACGUCUGUGAUCACACUGACAGCUACGGAUCUGGAUGAGGGCGAGAACGCUUUGCUCACCUACAGCCUGCAGGGCCCUGGGGCAGAUGCAUUUUCUCUGGAUGCAGACACGGGUUUGGUGCGCUCCGUGCGUUUGCUGCAGUCGUUUGAGCGUUUUAAUCUGACCAUCGUGGCCACUGAUCAUGGCAGGCCUCCCCUGUGGGGAACAGCCAGUCUCCACAUCACUGUCAUCGACGUCAAUGACAACAGACCUGUUUUUGUCCGGCCUGCCAACGGCACAAUCAUGCAUAUAUUGGAGGAACAGCCUCCAGGACUGGUGGUGUACGAAGUGUUUGCCACAGAUGAAGACGAAGGCGUUAAUGGAGAAGUCCGGUAUGGGUUCCUGCAGACCGGCGCCGGGAACCGAGACUGGGAGAACUUCCACAUUGACCCACUGACUGGAGUCAUCACCACAGCUGUCAAACUGGACAGAGAGAAACAGGCCCUCCACAGCCUGAUCGUGGUGGCUUAUGACCUGGGUCAGCCAGUACCCUAUGAGACCACCCAGCCGUUACAGGUCGCCCUGUCUGACAUCGAUGAUAAUGAACCCGUAUUCCUCAAGCCGCCGAGAGGCAGUCUGCCCUACCAGUCCCUGUCUGUCCCAGAACACUCCGCUCCAGGCACUGUGGUAGGGAAUGUGACCGGAGCAGUGGACGCUGAUGAGGGCUCCAAUGCAGUGGUGUACUACUUCAUCGCAGGGGGAGACACUGAGGGGAAUUUUGGCCUAAGCACUGCUGGUGUUUUACGAGUGAGGAAAGAUUUAGAUCGUGAGGAAAUUCCGAUUUACUCCAUCAUCAUAAAAGCUUCUAGUAAUCGGAACUGGUCGCUUCCCAGAAGCCAAAAGUCAAACCGAGCUUGGGCUCUUGACCCCAGCCAUGACCCCACACUACAGGAAGUCCGUAUCUAUCUGGAGGAUAUUAACGACCAACCACCACGAUUCACUAAACUGGAGUACACAGCAGGUGUAGCAGCAGAUGCGAAAGUAGGCUCAGAUCUGAUCAGGGUACAGGCCAUUGAUAAUGACAUUGGCAACAAUAGUUUAGUUCUCUACCACAUUCUGUCCAUCCGCUACAUCAAACUCCAGUCCAACGACUCCGAGGACAUCGGAAAUGUUUUCAUCAUUGGGGAAACAGAUGGAAUUAUCCGGACCUUUGACCUGUUCACGGCCUAUGACCCGGGCUAUUUUGUGGUGGAGGUGUUGGCGCGUGAUCUUGCGGGUCACAGUGAUGUUGCUAUGGUUGGCAUUUACAUCCUGAGAGAUGACCAAAGAGUGAAGAUAGUCAUAAACGAGAUACCAGAACGCGUCCGGCUUUUCCAGGAAGAGUUUGUCAAUCUGCUGUCCAACAUCACUGGAGCCAUCGUUAACACUGACGAUGUACAGUUCCAUGUGGAUAAGAAAGGCCGGGUUAACUUUGCCCAGACCGAUGUACUCAUCCACGUCGUCAAUAAACAGACCAAUCGCAUUCUGGACGUAGAGAGGGUGAUCCAGAUGAUUGAUGAGAAUAAAGAACAGUUGAGAAAUCUGUUCCGUAAUUACAACAUCCUGGACGUCCAACCAGCCGUGAGCGGCCGCGCACCCGAUGACCUCACCACCCUGCAGAUGGCCAUUAUUAUCCUGGCUGUGCUGCUCUUCCUGGCCGCCAUGCUUUUCAUUUUCAUGAACUGGUAUUACCGCACAGUACACAAGAGAAAGCUGAAAGCCAUUGUCGCUGGUUCUACAGGGAAUCAAGGUCUCAUGGACAUCCUGGAUAUGCCCAACACUAACAAAUACUCCUUUGAAGGAGCGAACCCUGUGUGGUUAGAUCCGUUCUGUAGGAAUCUGGAGUUGGCUGCCCAGGCAGAGCAUGAGGAUGACCUACCUGAAAACCUCAGUGACAUCACAGACCUGUGGAACAGCCCUGCACGCACUCAUGGUACAUUUGGUCGUGAACCUCAGGCCUCUAAACCAGAGGAUGACCGUUACCUACGUGCGGCGAUCCAGGAAUAUGACAACAUUGCCAAAUUGGGUCAGAUAAUGAGAGAAGGACCAAUUAAGGGCUCACUGCUUAAGGUGGUGCUGGACGAUUAUCUUCGACUCAAAAAGCUUUUUGCUGCCCGACUGGUUACCAAGUCAACCAGCCAUGGCGACCAGUCCUCAGUCACAGAGCUGAUCCAGAGUGACUUUGAUGAUGAUGAUGAUGAUCGUGUAGGCGUGACUAGAGGAACCCUUCGCUUCAAACACAAACUCCCGGUCGAACUGCGAGGUCCAGAUGGCGUCCACGUUGUUCACGGUAGCACGGGCACGCUCCUGACCUCUGACCUAAACAGUCUGCCAGAGGAUGACCAGCGAGCCUUAGCACGAUCGCUGGAAGCCCUGCAUGCCGAUGGCGGAAUCUAUGCUGAACGCAACGCCCGCACUGAAUCGGCUAAGUCUACACCUCUGCACCGUAACAAGGGCAGUGAUACCCUGUCUGAAAGUCCACUGGAGAUCACAGAGUUAUGA